CUCCUCUCGCUUCCCGUUCUCGCCCACGCACGCCCGGCCGGGAACCCGGACAACGCGCCGCGGCCGCAGAACAGCCUCCUACGCCGAGCGCGACGCCAGUCCCGGGGUCAGGUGCCUCAGUUUCAAUCUGGGAAUUCUUUAAAUGAAACUUGUUUAAAAUCUUAGACCAUACCCAAAAGAGAGACCCCAGUCAACAGUAAGGUGGAAAAGAAUGAUGUUGUCCUUAAACAGUCUACAGAAUGUCGUCUGUAACCCGGUAUCUGACUUCUUCCCAACUGUAUCAGCUCCUCCCGGAUGGACGGGACUCAUACUUCUUUCCAGCUGCAGGCUACCUUAACAUGACCCUGGUGUAGAGCAGACAUUUAAUGAAUGACAUAAAAAAGGCAAAGCAAUAUGAAUCAGCUAGGAUGUUUGGGCAGAUAAUCCCCUACGUUGGGACCAUUUCUGAGCAGCUGGAGCCUGGAACUUUGAUUGUACUACGUGGGCAUGUUCCUAGUGACUCAGACAGGAAUCUUCCUUGCACACUUCACUUCUACCCCAUCGGCAGAGCUUGGGGCACCUGGGCGAACGCACCUGCGGGGAGACUGGGCAAUGUGGGUGCUUGUGGUGGACCGCCACCAAAAGCAUGUUCCAGGUGGACUUACAGUGUGGCAGCAGCGUGAAACCUCGAGCGGACGUGGCCUUUCAUUUCAAUCCACGGUUCAGAAGGGCCAACUGCAUUGUUUGCAACACUCUGAAAAAUGAGAAGUGGGGCUGGGAAGAGAUCACCUAUGACAUGCCUUUCAAUAAAGAAAAAUCUUUUGAGAUCGUGAUCAUGGUGCUGAAAGACAAAUUCCAGGUGGCUGUCAAUGGAAAACAUACCCUGAUCUACGCCCACAGGAUCAGCCUAGAGAAGAUCGACACCCUGGGCAUUUAUGGCAAAGUUAUCAUUCACUCCGUGGGUUUCAGCUUCAGCUCGGAUUUAAGAAGUAGCCAAGCAUCUACUCUGGAAUGGACAAAGAUAAGUGAAGAAAAUGUACAGAAGUCUGGCAUGUCACAGUUUCCUAGUAAUAGAGGAGACAUUUCUAAAAUCAUCCCCAGAACUGUCUACACCAAGAGCAAAGGUUCGCCAGCCAAUCACACUUUGACUUGCUCCAGAAUACUACCUACCGACUGUUUGUCAAAGACUCUGCCAUUCGUAGCGAGGUUGAACUCCUCAAUGGGCCCUGGACGGACUGUUGUCAUAAAAGGAGAAGUAAAUACAAACGCCAAAGGCUUUGCUGUUGAUCUACUAUCAGGAAAAUCCAGGGAUAUUGCUCUCCACCUGAACCCACGCCUGAAUGUUAAAGCAUUUGUAAGAAAUUCUUUUCUUCAGGAGUCCUGGGGAGAAGAAGAGAGAAAUAUUACCUGUUUCCCUUUUAGUCCUGGGAUGUACUUUGAGAUGAUAAUUUAUUGUGAUGUUAGAGAAUUCAAGGUUGCAGUAAACGGUGUACACAGCCUGGAGUACAGACACAGAUAUAAAGACCUGAGUCAUAUCGACACGCUGGAAAUCGAUGGCGAUAUCCACUUACUGGAAGUAAGGAGCUGGUAGCUGACCGGUGUGCUACAAAAACUGAAAUACAGGUGACUUCUGUAACACUGGCCUUGUUAAAAUGCAUCUUACUCUCAUGAUACGGUUUAUAUAUAUUGUUAAAAUGAGCUGUAAGUCCUACUGGGUGUCCUCAGUCCAUGUCACGCAGUGAGACUUUGUCAAGCAAAAAGUGAGGACAUUUGAGGCAACAGCAGCUUAUAGCCAUUAUUAUAACAGGCCUUUCUGCUCUCUCUCCUGUACCCUGGCCGCCUCUUUUUUAAACCUACUUCACAUUCAGCAAGUGUUUAUUAAGAGCCUGCUGUAACACAGUAGCCACCCUGCAUGGAGCGCUUGUCUUUUGCCAGCACUGUGCUGGGAGCUGGGAGGACACAGUGAGGCACGUACGUUCCCUGUUCUGUUCAGCUCAGAACCUUCCGUGCUUUGCCACUGUGUCAUUGUUUCUCCUCCAUGCACUACAUAAACUCACCAGGCACUUAAAAGAAUUAUUCUGUUAGAUCACCUGAGGACACUAUAGGCGACACCACUCUUCCUGCAGUGCUGCCCUUCAUACCCAGUGUUUGAUCGUAUCCUGUAAUUGAGAGGAUUGAUGUUGACCUACAUCUGGCAAUUUUCUUUAGCAUAAUAUUUAUAUCUUCUAGCUGUAAGCAUUACCAAAUAAUUAUCAUUAUGAGAUCGGAACACAGCACAAGAUAGAGGCAAAAAACAAAGCAAAACGAACAAAACCAAAUGGUACUGAAAUUAACUUGAUGUCAAUCUCCAGGCCACUGAUCUUCUGUACCAGUAAAUGGUUAUUUUAGAAUAUUGGAAUUUAGGGUGAGUCAGAGGUCUCCUCUGAAAGUUUAAGGUAGACGAGAGUUGGAUUCAAUUUGUAAAAUGUUUGUGGGUAACAAAGCAAUGUCAAGAUUAGACUUAAUGAUUGAUUAUAGAACAGGCCCUAUCAAUCAGAAAGUAAAAUACACCAGCAGAGACCAGUGAAGUAGAGAGAGGCCGUGUGUGCCUGUUGCUUGUCUGCACGCAGACCAGCACUGCCUCUCCUCUUCUAAGACGACCCCGUCAUCGUUAGUGACUGAGAUCAAAACGCUGUUCUCCCUUCAGUGAUUAAAAUCAAACCUGUAUCAGCAAGUUGAA